GGUCUGCCCUGAGCCUUUUGCGAGCGUCCACCCCUGACACGCGACCAGUGGGUGAGGACCACAAUCAGCCCCCCUCUUCAGAUAAGGACCACUCCAGGCGCUGCCUCGGAGGCGUCUGGCUGCAGACACAUCCCAGCUUUUGAACCAGCCCAUGCAGCAGACCUCCUGCCGGAGCCAUGGAGCAGGGCCCAGCUGUGUGCUGCCAGGACCCUCGGGCAGAGCUGGUGGACCAGGUGGCAGCUCUCGACAUGGCCCACUUGGAGGACGUGGCAGGUGGUCCUGAGCCAGCCAGGAAUGGGGUGGACCCUCCACCACGUGCCAGGGCUGCCUCUGUGAUCCCCAGUGCGGCUUCAAGACCCCCUCUAGCCCGGCCCAGCCUCUCCGCUCGGAAGCUCUCCCUGCAAGAGCGGCCAGCGGGGCGCUGCCUCGAAGCCCAGGCUGGGCCUUACGCCACGGGGCCCUCCAGCCACAUCUCCCCACGGGCUUGGCGGAGGCCCACCAUCGAGUCUCACCGUGUGGCCAUCUCGGACGCAGAGGAUUGUGUGCAGCUGAAUCAGUACAAGUUGCAGAGUGAGAUUGGCAAGGGUGCCUACGGCGUGGUAAGGCUGGCCUACAAUGAGAGUGAAGACAGACAUUAUGCAAUGAAAGUGCUUUCCAAAAAGAAGUUACUGAAGCAGUAUGGCUUUCCACGUCGCCCUCCCCCAAGAGGGUCCCAGGCUGCCCCAGGGGGCCCGGCCAAGCAGCUGCUGCCCCUGGAGCGGGUGUACCAGGAGAUUGCCAUUCUGAAGAAGCUGGACCACGUGAAUGUGGUCAAGCUGAUUGAGGUCCUGGAUGACCCAGCGGAGGACAAUCUCUAUUUGGUGUUUGACCUUCUGAGAAAGGGACCUGUCAUGGAAGUGCCCUGCGACAAGCCCUUCCCCGAGGAGCAAGCUCGGCUGUAUCUGCGGGACAUCGUCUUGGGCCUGGAGUACCUGGGCAUCUGGGGUGUGUCUGCCCGAGUGUGUGCUCAUCGGGGGCCAUCAGGGAGGGCCUUCCCCUGGAGCGGGGAGGGAGGAGGAGGGAGGGGGCCUCGCCCCUGGGCUCUGGCCCUCAUUUCCUUCCUUCCUUCCUUCUUCAGGCCAGAGGUCAGUGACGAGCUCAAGGACCUAAUCCUGAAGAUGCUGGACAAGAACCCCGAAACAAGGAUUGGGGUGUCUGACAUCAAGUUGCACCCCUGGGUGACCAAGAAUGGGGAGGAGCCUCUUCCCUCAGAGGAGGAGCACUGCAGCGUGGUGGAGGUGACCGAGGAGGAGGUGAAGAACUCCGUCAAGCUCAUCCCCAGCUGGACCACGGUGAUCCUGGUGAAGUCCAUGCUGAGAAAGCGUUCCUUCGGGAACCCGUUUGAGCCCCAAGCGCGGAGGGAAGAGCAAUCCACUUCCGCUCCAGGAAACUUGGUGGUGAAAGAAGGGUGUGGCCAAGGGAAGAGCACGGAGCUCCCUGGUGUCCAGGAAGACGAGGCUGCAUCCUGAGUCCCCGCAUGCUCCCAGGGCCACCCGGCAGCACGCUCAUAUGCACCUCCAAAGGCCUGCCGCCGCCCUCAUGCACACAGCCACCCCUGCAGGCGGGGGGCCAGGGUCUGCGCUCCCUCCCAGCCCCCGACCCUGUCGUGCUGCAUGCCCUCCACGCGCACCCAGGGGCAGGAUCGGAACACGUGUCCUCUGUGGUUUUGAGGACAGGCCGUGGUCAGGCAGGGCUCCCACAGGCCUCUCUCCUCCUCCCGACUGUCCUUGUGGGGAAGACUGGUGGCCCCCGGGCAGUCCCUCCGGAACCCCAUCUGGCCGGUUGGCCGGGCCCAGGCACCAGAGGCUAGAAAUCAAGAUGGCAGCGGCAGAAGCCUGGUCUAUCCCAGCUGUGGAGACCGCUCUCUGGGGGCCAGGUGGGCCUGGUUCAGCUAUCCUGGGAACGGUGCCGUCCCCCACCCCACUCCAGGGUCUACUCACAGCGCUGAAAUGCGGGAUCUGAGCCUCUGGGAGGGAGCACAGUGUUGGAAAAUCCAGAUUCCUUUCGUCUUUGGCUUUGGUAUUCACCGGAGGGGCCAAGUGUUGCUUGGGAACAUCUGCGGAGCAUGCCUGUGGCCAGGUGGCUCCCAGCACACCCCACCUGGAUUUGACAGCCAAGUGGACUAGACCGCCGCCCUCCUCAGACUGUUUUGCACUUAGAACCGUCCAGAUGAAGGGCUGACUGCAUCGGGCUCUGGGCAGAGGCCGGAACCCAGAGCACAUUGCCUUCCCACUCUCCUCCCCCGCUUCCUUGGGGCUCCCCGAGUGACGUCUGCAGAGGAGACACCAGGCGCUGACGUUGGCGGGGCCCAGGAUGCAAAGGCCCUGAAAUAACUGGAAUCCAGACUCCGAUCUUUAGCCGGCUUCUCUGCCGUAGGAAGCCGGCCUUGCAUUCCUCUGAUGAAGGACACAACUGCCCGGACUGGAAGUGGGAGCCCCCCACCCCCCUCCGCCAGGGGUGACACGCCUGCAGGUGGCCCCCGAGAGGUGGCCCGCCCCCACCAAUGCUGCCUCCCGAGAGACGGUUAUCAUUCAGCCUCCUCAGAGCUGCAGUGCCCAAGCUCGGGUGGAGACAAGGCCAUCCUAGACCCGACUUCCACCUCACUUCAGGACCAGUGCCCACUGAUCCGGCUGGCUGGCUAGAUGUUUACUGGCCAAACCUCAUAGAGGUUGACACCCCCCCCCCACAUCGCACCCCCAAAGGGAACGAGAGCAGGGCUUAGACACCUUCCCUUAAAACAUGGGCCAAACGAGGGAUUUCAGCCACGGACACCCCGCAGAUUUCCCGUUUGGAGGCUAGGCAGGGCAAGGGCCCCAGGCCAGAACCCCUCAGUGUUGCAUCCUGCUGCGUCUCCAUGCCUGUGGGUGUCCAUCUUGCCUCAUGUGCACACGUGCACGUGCCCAUCAGCUGCACACAGCACUCGCAUGUCUUGCACUGGUACAUGCAUCUGUAAUCCACUCUGUUCACGGCUGUGAGCAGAACACGGCCCGUUAUCGGUGGGUCCACGUCUCUCCUGUGGCUCUGCACUAUGGCAAAGGCCACGGCAGCCGGGCCUUCACAAUAAUCUGGUACUGUUUUUAACCACACUUUUAGUGAGCGUGAAAGGGAGCCAAGUUUGGAGCCAAUCAGUCACAGAGGAGCAUGUCUUUCUUGGACAUCUUGGGGCUGGUGCCUGGAAGUUUCGAGGGGCCCUGGAUUGGACCCCCAAGGGCAGCUCAGAAGUGGGGUGAGUGGCGCAGCACUGGUCCUGGCAUCUCGCUGGGGAGUUUCAGUUGGCAUUAUUUGAGUGUAGCUCAAGUGAACACACUCGGUAAGAGUGUUCUAAACAUUAACUUCCCAGGAAGUGAGUUAACAACAAUAAAAGCCCUUCCUUGAGUUAAAAACAAA